GAACCACAGGUUACUCAUGGAAACAAAGGGGAGUGCUGAAAAUGUCCAGCUCGAUUAAAAAAGUGAGACAAGGAGAAAAACUGCCCCUGAAAUCCACAGGAAUCCAGAGCAAGGCAUCUCAUGAUCUCAGGAGGCUUCAGUCCCUGCUUGCCAAAACUGGCCCCAGACAUGAGGCGGCAGCGCUGAGUCACAGUAAAGCACGCAGCAGUGGAGCCAGCAGAUCACAAGGUCUGCAUCUUCAAAAAGACACCAACAGACACAGGAGUGAGAGCGACAACAACAGUGAAGCCUCUGAACUGGAAAAAUUCAGCAUAACAUACAGAGACCAAAGAUGCUUCAGUGGCCACCCGCUGCAUAAACUCUUCUCUGACAUCCUUGUGUCUUUGGUCAAGAAUCGACUCUGCAGCGAAUGGAUUGACCAUGCAGCACCUGAGUCAGUUCAUAGGGUUCUCAUCUGCCUACGAUUAUUGAUCAGAGAUCCUCACCAUCAGAGAAUCCUCCAUGAGCUCCAGGGCAUCAAUUUACUCGCCAGGUACAUGGAGUCUGUCGCCGCCACGCACAUGUCUUGUGGUGAACAGGCAUUUUCUGUGCAGAAACUGGUCACAAUGACCUACAUGUUUCAGAAGCUGUCUGCCAUUGAAAAUCAAAGGGCCUGGGUCAUUGAGAGCAGUGCUCACAAGACCCUGGUGAAGCUCCUUUCCACAACAGAUAGCAGCGUGCUGCUGGGAGCCCUGCUGGCACUCACCACUUUGGCUGAGAGCCCACAGUACAAGGAGGAGAUUGGGAAGCUACCGAUAGUGGAGAACCUACUUGUGAUACUGCAGGAAUAUGACCUGCUGUCAAAGAGGAUAAGUGCUGAACUGCUGAGGCUCCUGUCCCCAGUGCAGCAGGUCAGGGACCAGGUGAGGGAGCUGGAGGGGCUGCCCGUGCUGCUGAGCCUACUGCAUGGUCAGCACUUGAAGCUGCUGUGGAGCCUAGCCUGGGUCCUGGUCCAGCUCUGUGAGGAUCCCGACACCAGGACAGAGAUCCGGAGCUGGGGAGGAGUGCAGCAGCUGCUUUGGCUGCUCAACAGUGACAGGCAGUAUGUCUGUGAUCGCUCCUCAAUCGAGACGCUCUCCAGCGCCAAUGCAGCCGGUCGCAUCCAGGAGAGACAUGUCAGAGAGGAGCUCAGCCCACAGGAGGCGGUGGACAACACCACGGCCCUGCAGUCAGCCUGCUGUACAGCUUUGACUGAGCUCAGUCUGGAUGAUACAGCUGCUCACCACAUUGUGCAGGAAAAUGGGGUGUACAUUAUAGCAAAGUUGAUUUUACCACAAAAUUCUGGAGCAAAGUAACAUAUUUGCAAAUCUGUUUGCAGUGCUACGCAUUCGACCCUCCGAUUUCUCUUUAGUGUGGAAAGAAACAGGCAUCUGUUCAAGAGACUCUUUCCCACAGACCUCUUUGAGUUGUUUAUUGAUGUUGGCCAUUAUGUACGGGACCUCGCAGCCUAUGAGGGACUGCAAACCAAAGUUUCACUCUACACUGAAGAGGAACUAGACAGUCUGAGGGAGAGCAUUGAGGCUGUGGACCAGAACCGACCUCCCCUUAAAGUCAUCAAUGGUUACUCUGUGCUGGACCAUCUGGGCACUGGUGCAUUUGGAAGCGUCUUCAAGGUUCGAAAGCAGAGUGUCCAGAACCUCCUGGCUCUGAAGGAAGUGAACCUGCACAACCCGGCCUUUGGCAAAGACAAGAGGUCCAGAGACAGUAACGUGGAGAAAAUCAUCUCUGAGCUGACAAUCAUCAAAGAACAGAUGACACACCCAAACAUUGUUAAAUAUUACAAGACAUUUUUGGAAG